GCUCUGUUUUCUGCUAUUGAACAUCAGUACUUGGCACAAGUGAAGAAAAUAGUUCAAGCUAGAGAGAAAGCUUCACUCAUCACAGACUGGCAAAAGUUACUGGAGCCCAAGUCUCUUGACACAGUUCUGCAUGCAGCCGUCCGUGUCAAACACGAAUCAAUACUCAAGUAUUUGCUUGAGAAUUGUUCCUCAUGUCUAGAGCAGAGUAACAGCAGUAGCAUGAGGCCUCUGCAUGUAGCAACAGUUCAGUGUCACAUGUAUGCAGUCAAUCUCCUUCUUGCAGCAGGAGCAGAGGUGGAUGCUCCUAGUGAGAACCACAUGACACCAUUGAUGCUUGCAUCAGGCCAGCAAGAAAGAGAUGCACUUCACAUUGUGAGGAUGUUGUUAAAUUCAGGUGCCAAUGAUGCAGCAUGUAAUACCGAUGGUUGGAAUUCUUCACACAUUUGCUGCAGAAGCGGCAGUAAAAAGAUCCUGGAAGCUCUUGUACAAGCUGACAGCCGACCAGUGCUGGCCUUCACACAUGCAGGGGAAAGUGCCCUUCAUAUAGCAGCUGGGAACGGCAGAAGCGAUCUACUUCCAGUGCUGUUCAAACACGGUCACUCGAGCUGCAGCUCGGUCUGUGCAGCCCACGGCCGCAGUCCUCUGCUGCACGCUGUGGCAGGCGGCCACAUACGCACUGCACACGUGUUGCUCGGUAUCUGGUCGGACGCGCGAGAUCAGGAACUCGACAACAGAGGACGCAAUGCUUUGCAGCUGGCAGUUGAAGCAGGCGACGUGAAGGCUGUUCGUUUUGCUGCGGAUGAGUUGAAGCUCGAUGCUCGCCAUCAGGAUAACAACGGUGAGACGUGCGUGCACAUCGCAGCAGCGAACGGCCACUGGCAGCUACUGCCGGUGUUGGUGCGAGACUUGAAGUGUGACGUGAGCGUCAUUGAUAAACAGGGCCGCACAGCUCUGGAUGUUGCCCGUAUAUUUCACCGAGCGGAGUGCGAAGAAAUCUUAUUGAAUUUGAAUUCUCGGCAGUAAUCAUCUCGUGUUAUAUUUUGCAUAUUGCCCCUUUCUUUAGAGCAGUUGAAGGACUUUUGUUGCGAUAUUUACUUUUUAUGUAUUCUGUUCAAUAUUGUCAUGUGUCCUGUCAGGCGCCCUUUGUACUAAUACUUGUAAAUAAUAAACUGUUUUGUCUAAAA